GAAACAUUCGGAAUAUGUAAGACGGUUAGCAAGAAGAGAGUCUACAGUCGAAAAUCGCGAUGUCGCACGGGCUUCCACCAUCAAGGUGUUGUGGACCAAGACCUCGCUCCCCAGCCGUCUCGUCAUGCGACGAAUGCCUCGUACACAACAUCUUUACGAGUUGGGCGCAUUGACGACCACUCAUCGUAAGCCCUCGCUGUAUGUUAUGCGACUUGCAGCCCACCAGCCGGUGCGUACAGAUACUAUGCCGCCAUCAAGGUGUCGACACCAGGCCAAGAACGUAGGUGGCUAGCCAAUCAUGGCUCUGUAAGAAUCAUCAAGGUGGUCAUCAGAGGGCACUCAAGGGUCAGCAUUUAUAGCGGUCAGUAUCGUACUUUUCCAAGUAUCAUGGCUCCCAAACGCAAGCGAAACCCACAGCAAGCAUCCUCGGCGAAGAAAACUAAGCGCGCAAACAUGGCACAGCAGGUCAAAGAUGCAUCCCCAUUCAAGACGCUGCCCAUUACGCUCCUGUCAGGUUUCUUGGGAAGCGGCAAGACGACACUACUCAGCUACAUCCUCAACUCGAAAGACCACGGAUUGAAGAUCGCAAUGAUCGUCAAUGAUAUGGCCGCAGUCAAUGUUGAUCAAGGCAUCAUAGUUGCAGACGGCAAGAAAAAGGGUCGCGAAGCAGAGAAGAUGAUUGCCAUGCAGAACGGUUGCAUCUGCUGCACGCUUCGCGGUGACUUUGUGAUCGAGCUUGCAAAGAUGGCCAGGGCUGGUGAAUACGACUAUGUACUGAUCGAAAGUACUGGUAUCAGCGAGCCGCAACAGGUAGCCGAAAGCUUUACCACAGAUUUCACCGAGGCCAUGAUGGGAGCGGAUGGAGCGCUCGACCAAUUUGAUGAGGAAGAGAAGAAGGUCUUUCACGAGAUUGCGCAGAAUGGCGGCCUUAAUAAGGUAGCUAAGCUCGACACCACAGUCACUGUCGUAGACGGUUUCAGGUUCUUUGAGGAAUUUGAGACCAUCCAGCUUUUGCACGAACGGUUUCAGUCCGAAGUGGAGACGCCGGAAGAUCAGCGUACCGUCAGUGAUUUGAUGAUCGAUCAAAUCGAGUUUGCAGACGUGAUCAUCGUCAACAAGAUUGACAUGAUCGACGAUCAAGUGCUUACACGCAUCCGUGGCCUGAUCAAGACUAUGAAUCCUGGGGCCAAGGUCGUCGAGACUAGCUUGCGAGCUUCGAAGCAGUCCGAGAAUCCUUUCGGUAUCAAGCCUCUGGACGUCAAGGAGAUCAUUGCGACCGGCAUGUAUAGCGAAGAGACAUCGAUCAAAAGCUCUGGCUGGCUGAAGAGCAUCAAUGAAAUGUCAAUGAUCGACAACCACGGACGCACAGUCAUGGCGCCCAAGCCCGAGACACUCGAAUACGGCAUUAACAGCUUCGUCUACCGAGCGAGGAGGCCAUUCUCGCCAGGUCGUCUGUACGAGCUCGUCCACGAUAAGUUCGUUAUUCUGGAGCCUCAGGACGAAGAGGAAGAAGAAGAAGAUGAGGACGAAGAUGAACAUGAGGACGAGGUCGAUGCUACAGACAACCAAGAUGGAGCCAAGGGAGAAGACCAAGAGCAAGAAGACGCGGCAACCGAAAACGAAAGCGAAAGCGACGCGAACGAGAACGAGUCCGACAAAUCAAUGACUGGCAAGCUGAGCCGCGCCGCCUCCCAUACGCAUUCUUCGGACUCUCUCAGCACCAAAACAGCCUCUGACACCGAUGCUACUUCGGUCAACUCCGAAGAUCAAGACGCGCUCGACACAAAAUACGCCGAUCUUGACCUGCCAACACGUCUCGCCAACAAGAAGGCUCAUCCUGUCUUCAAGUCCUUGUUACGCUCCAAAGGAUUUAUCUGGCUAGCUACUCGUCCCUUUGUCAGUGGUGACUGGUCUCAAGCCGGCGCCAUGCUCACUGUAUCAGGUGGUCUCAACUGGUUCGCCGUAGUGCCAGAAGAGCAAUGGCCCUCUCCCAGCCAAGAAGUUACAGACUUAAUCAAGAAAGACUUCGAAGGCGAAUGGGGUGAUCGCAGACAAGAGAUUGUAUUCAUCGGCGAGGGAAUAGACGUCGAGGCUAUCACGGCGUUGUUUGAUGCCUGUCUACUGGACGAUGGAGAGAUGAAGAGAUGGGAAAAGAUGAUGAAGAGGAAAGGUCUAUCCAACGAGCAGAGGGAGAGCUUGUUGUGCAGGACGUUCGAGGAUGGAUGGGAAGAGUGGAAGAAUCCGUUGGACGAAGAAGGUGAUGGUCAUGACCACGCUGGCCAUCAUCAUCACUAAGAGCAUGUAACGUCUAAGUUUGAAAUAGCUUCUCAAAAAUAACGCAACUUGAAGGUACCC